UAUAAAUGCAUACCUAUACAAAUGCUACAGCUAUAUUGUCCCUCAUAUCUAUUCAUCUGUACAUAACAACACCCUUACAAAACAGAACAACAACAACAACCUUGGCAAAGUUUUUGAUUUUGUUCUUCUGAAAGUACUAAACCAAGGUGAACAAUUGAAUAUAUAUACUGUUUGAUUCAAUGCCUGAGAGAGCUAUGGAUGAGUUGAACAUGAAUAUUGCAGGAGAGGGGCCUAGUGGGAGUUAUACACCCCAUAAGGAUAACUUCAAUCAACAAGCAUCUCCAAGGAGUACACUGAGUCCAAGAAGCAUUCAGAGUAGUGACUCAAUUGAUUUGGCUAUUGAUGGUGUGGUGGAUACCUCAAUUGAGCAAUUGUAUUACAAUGUGUGUGAAAUGCGAAGCUCUGAUCAAUCACCCUCCAGGGCUAGCUUUUACUCAUAUGGUGAAGAGUCAAGAAUUGAUUCAGAAUUGGGCCAUCUUGUUGGAGGUAUCUUGGAGAUUACAAAGGAGGUGGUUACAGAGAAUAAAGAAGAGUCCAACGGCAAUGCUGCUGAGAAAGAUAUUGUGUCAUGUGGCAAGGAAGCUACAAAGAAGGAUAAUAACCAAUCACAUUCACCAAGCUCAAGGAUCAUUGAAGGAUCAGCCAAGUCAACCCCCAAAAGCAGAAAUUUGCGUGAGAGACCAUCAACUGACAAGAGGAGUGAAAGGAGCAGCAGAAAAGGAAGUCUUUACCCUAUGAGGAAGCAUAGGAGCCUUGCUUUGAGGGGGAUCAUUGAGGAACGUAUUGCCACUGGGUUAGAUAAUCCAGAUUUGGGACCAUUUUUGCUCAAGCAAACAAGAGAUAUGAUCUCUUCAGGUGAGAAUCCACAGAAAGCUCUUGAUUUGGCUCUUAGAGCUCUGAAAUCAUUUGAGAUGUGUGCAGAUGGGAAACCCAGUUUAGAAUUGGUCAUGUGUCUGCAUGUCUUGGCAACAAUUUACUGUAAUUUAGGACAAUAUAAUGAGGCUAUUCCCAUUCUUGAGCGCUCCAUUGAUAUUCCUGUGUUAGAGGAUGGCCAAGAUCAUGCAUUGGCCAAGUUUGCAGGAUGCAUGCAGUUGGGUGAUACUUAUGCAAUGAUGGGGAACAUUGAGAAUUCUAUACUGUUUUACACAGCAGGACUUGAGAUUCAAGGGCAGGUCUUGGGGGAAACUGACCCGAGAUUUGGCGAGACGUGUCGGUAUGUGGCUGAGGCUCAUGUUCAGGCUCUGCAAUUUGACGAGGCUGAGAGGCUGUGUCAGAUGGCUCUUGAAAUUCACAGGGGAAAUGGAAAUGGAUCUUCUGCUUCUGUUGAAGAAUCUGCAGAUAGGAGACUAAUGGGGCUUAUCUAUGACUCAAAGGGUGAUUAUGAAGCUGCAUUAGAGCACUACGUUCUGGCAAGCAUGGCCAUGUCAGCAAAUGGCCAAGAACAAGAUGUGGCUUCAGUUGAUUCCAGCAUAGGUGAUGCCUAUCUAGCAUUGGCACGCUACGAUGAGGCGGUGUUCUCUUAUCAGAAAGCACUCACUGUGUUCAAAUCAACCAAAGGAGAGAACCAUCCAAAUGUUGCUUCAGUCUAUGUAAGGUUAGCUGAUUUGUACAACAAAAUAGGAAAAUUCAAGGAUUCAAAAUCCUACUGUGAGAAUGCACUCAGAAUUUUCGGAAAGAGCAAACCAGGAAUCCCCCCAGAAGAGAUUGCUAAUGGUUUAAUAGAUGUUGCUGCUAUCUAUCAAUCCAUGAAUGAUUUGGAGAAGGGGUUGAAGUUACUCAAAAAGGCCUUGAAGAUAUAUGGCCAUGCUCCUGGUCAACAAAGUACUAUUGCAGGGAUUGAGGCACAAAUGGGGGUUAUGUAUUACAUGCUAGGGAACUAUUCUGAUUCUUACAACAUCUUCAAAAGCGCCGUUGCCAAGUUUCGUGCCAGUGGAGAGAAAAAAUCUGCUUUGUUUGGGAUUGCUUUGAACCAAAUGGGUCUUGCAUGUGUGCAACGUUAUGCUAUAAAUGAAGCAGCAGAUUUGUUUGAAGAGGCCAGGACUAUAUUGGAGAAAGAGUAUGGUCAAUAUCACCCAGACACCUUAGGGGUUUAUAGCAAUCUAGCAGGAACCUAUGAUGCAAUGGGAAGAGUGGAUGAUGCCAUUGAGAUUUUGGAAUUUGUGGUUGGAAUGAGAGAAGAGAAGCUCGGAACAGCGAACCCCGAUGUGGAUGACGAGAAACGUAGAUUGGCAGAAUUGCUGAAAGAAGCAGGCAGGGGUCGGAAUAGGAAAUCGAAAAGAUCAUUGGAAACUCUCCUUGAUGCCAAUUCUCGGCUUAUAAAAAACAAUAGCAUUAAGGUCCUAUAAAGCUGUAGAUGUAUAUAAAACACAAUGAGAUUAACUGGUUUGCUUAUUUUGAUCAUUGUUUGAAAACAAUAACAAAGUGGUGGAAAUAGGCUCCACAUCCAAUUGUUCACUGGAUAAGAAUGCUCACAGAAUUUACUUUGUUUAUCUAUUUUCUAUAGCUCACAGGAAAGUUCUGUUUUAAUACUCUUCUUUGUAUAAUUGAAUUUAUAAAUGGUGGAAAUUCAGUUUUCAUGUACACAAA